AUGGUGGUCAUCUGGGGCCUUGACCUCCACGACCUGCAAUGGUCGAAGUUCAAGUCAUCCUACAUGUUUGGCAAUCGAGACUACCAUCUCAGGCGCACCAAGUUCGUCGUCUACCAAAUCGCCAUGAUUCUCUGCGUCGUCUCCGAAUCCGUCGGCACUGCAGCUUUGUCCAACUACGUCGACCAGCAAGACGAGAUCGAGAUGCUGCACUCCUCCGCACACGUGCAUAACGACAAUUUCGUUGGCAUUGCGGCCUACAACAUAUUCGUCGGCAUCGCAGUUGCAACGAUAUUCGGCGCCGCCUUCUUCUUCGACCUCUUUUUUCCUACCCGCUACGAACCCAUGAACAUCCGCUGGGCAUGGCGUAUCUCAGCAGUCGUCGUCUCGAUCAUGGCUUUGGGAGAUGCCAUAGCCUUCACCGUGAUCGUCGCCACUGGAAAAGCCUGGAUUUCUGCGGACUCGGCGGAUCAGCUGGCUAUCGCGCAGGAGGCGAUCGACCCGCCGUUAAGGUACAGGGACAAUGCCAAGGCCAUUGUGAGCUUGGUGCUGUUGUGGGUUGGAUGGGUUGCUACUGUUGCAAGCACGUGCAUCAUGUUUGCGUUCUAUCAACAUGUUGGGAAGUACGGCCCUCUCAGCCACGGCGCAAGGUGGCGACAAGGCGCCGAUGACGGUGGCAAGCCACCUCUCACUUCACAACAGCUGGCCGCUGCUCAGCGAACAAACGGCACUCAGAUGCGCGAGAAUAGGGUCUAG